AAGAAGAAGAAGAAGAAGAAGAGGAAGAAGAAGAAGAGGAGGAGACCAUCAUCAUCAUCAUCAUCUUCUUAUAAAAAGAUUUAUCUCUUAUUAAUAAUUGUAACUAUGGAAACAGAAAGAUAUUUACCAGAGAUUCACAGUGACGCAGACCGGAAGUGUUAGCAUGGCUAGCUGUGUGGAUGUGUGCAGCUGAAGACGAUGGUGUCUUCGUGUCGCAGAURAAUAUUUGAGUGUUAAUGAAGCAACAAUGUCUUCGGUUCAGUGUUUGAGAGAGUUUGUCAACGAGAGACUAACUGCUGCUGCUGAAGACAUCUUCAGAGUCUUCGAGCAAACUAUCGUCGAGUACGAGGAAGAGAUCGAUCGACAGAGAAGACUGUUGGACAUCGUUUGGAAACCUGAGAUCAAGCUACACAGGACAGGUGAGGACAAGCUGAAUGAGGAGGAGGAGGAAGAGGAGGAGGUUCUCACUGACCAGGAGAGGAACCCCAGUCUGGACCCUCUUGGUCCAGAGCCUCCACACAUUAAAGAGGAGCAGGAGGAGCUCUGCACCAGUCAGGAGGGAGAGCAGCUCGUGCUGAAGCAGGAGAUCCAGACCUUUAUGUUGACGUCUACUUAUGAGGGAAGCGAGCACAGUGAACCAGGAGCAAACAGUGAGCAGCAGCUCCUCUGUCACAGCUCUGCUGGAGCUGAGAGCCAAGAUCAGAGAGGACGUGAGCAUGUGGACCCAGGAGCCACUGGAAAUGAAGAGUCCCAGAGAAACAAGAGACGUCAUAGAGACAGUGGAGACAACUGUCCCCCAACCCUGAGUCCCUGCAACACUCACACAGGUAAGAAGACUUCAAAAUGUGACACUUGUGGAAAAGCUUUUCGAAGUAACUCUGACUUGAAGAGACAUAUGAGGAUCCACACGGGGGAGAGGCCGUAUUCUUGUGAAAUAUGUGGGAAUAUAUUUAUUCAGAAAACAAACUUGCAACAGCACAUGAGGAUUCACACGGGGGAGAAGCCGUACCUCUGCAAGAGAUGCGGGAAAAGAUUCAGACAAAAUUCAGCGUACAGAAUUCACGAAAGAAUCCACACGGGUGAAAAGCCGUAUACUUGUAACGUCUGUAGGAGGAGUUUCAGUCAGACAUCACACUUAAAGAGUCACAUGAGAAUUCAUACAGAUAAGAGUCCAGUGUUCCCCCCUUCUGACUCUGUUCUGUCUCCAGCUCCUGAGGGAUUCGCUGCUAAAUGCUCAGCUGUACACAGGACAGGUGAGGACGGGUUCAGAGAGGAAGUGAGCCUGUGGACCACAACUGUCCCAACACAGAGUCACUGCAACACUCAGAAACCAAAACUACUCCCAGAGGAGCUUCCAUCUGAGAGGAGGAGCCAUGCCCCGGAUCAUCCUCGUCAACUCUCUGCUGCUGCAGGACAAACAACGGAGACACAAGAGGGUUAUGAAGGACCAGCGCCCCCUGCUGCUUUCAGGCAACAGAACCUAGAGGAUCAUGGGAAACUGAAGACAAACAAACUCAUGAGAUGUUUUGCAGAAGAGGACUGUGUUUGUCUCCUGAGCAGUGACGGCUGUGUGUCCGAGUUUAACGGAGACGGAAUCAGACGGCUGUGACGUCAGUGCUCAGAGCUGCUGGUGAGUUUCUUUUCAACUCUAAAAACAGACGCUUGUGUUUUCAAUAAACUGCCAAAGAGUAGAAACUGGAUGAUGAGUAAAAACUGACAGAAAAAUAUCAUCAUUAAUGUUCAGUUUGUAGCUAUGAUUGUUAUUAGAGCUCUACCAGUCAAACAGUGAGAAAAACAAGAAGACAAAUGUGGACAGAUAUAAGAUGAUGCAGACGGAGGAUUAGAAGACAGAUGACGGGAGUUAGACAAAGAUAAAAUACAAAAUAAUAAUCCUGCUUUCUUUCGUCAGUAUUUGUCACAGUGUGUGUUAGAGUGUGAACAGU